AUGCAGCCUCAGCCGCAUAUUCCUCCGGCAACCGCCGACGCCGCGAUCUCAGCCGCGCUUGAAUCUCAGCGCGUCAAGAAGAAUCGCGGGAGUUACAAUUGUGGUCGAUGUGGUCAACCUAAGAAAGGCCACGUCUGCCACUUGCCUCCACUCGAUGUUCCCAGCACUCCGAUUGCUACGGAGCCGGUGAGCUGCAUCCCCGCCGCAGCAUCUUCUUCCCGUUCCACUGUCCUAUCUAUAACGGCGGCGCCGUCGCGCCAGUCUGUCACUCACCUCCGCCGCGCUCUCUCUUUCGAUGACCUCGAUCCGCCUAAUUCUCACGAUGAGUCCGAUCUAGAUGCAGCAUCGACGGAUCUGGAUCUGCAACUGGAUACGGAUAUCGUUCAGCCGGGGAGGUUUCACGCCGUAGCUCUGUGGGAGGUGCUUAAGCGGCUGCCGCCGUCGGGUCUAUUGAUGGCGGCUAGAGUUUGCAAAGGAUGGAGAGAGACGGCGAGGAAGAUGUGGAAAGUGGCGGAGGAGCUUCGGAUUAGGGUCCCGGAGAGAGCCCAGAUUGGAUACAUUGGAUCCUUAUUGCAAAAGUGUCCUCGGCUUAUUAAUCUCUCACUUAAAAUCGAGAGCGAUUUGGACGCGACGAUCCUGGCCUGCAUUGCUUUCUCUUGCCCAAACCUAGAGGUUUUGGAGAUUGCAACAUCGGGUGCAGCUGUCAAUAGAAUUUCUGGGGAUGAGCUGGGUCGCUUUGUAUCUAAUAAGCGUGGACUUAAAAGCCUAAAGAUGGAAGGAUGUUCCAACUUGGGAGGAUUUGCCCUCUCGUCAUCAAGCCUCUCCACUCUCUGGCUUGCGGAUCUUCAUUCUCUCUCGAAGAUGAUCUUCAACUGCCCAAAGCUUACAGAAAUAUCACUUGAAUUUUCUCGCAACGAAGAUGAUUCAACUGAUCUUGUAACAAUGGUUAAUGGUCUGGGAAGGACUUGCACUAGACUGCAGAAAAUUCACAUAGCCUCUCUGAAGCUUUCUCAUUCCGUUGUACUCGCUCUUACUGCUGUUAAUUUCAGGGAUUUAAUAAUGCUCUCGCUAGUUCUUGGAAUAAAUAUCAGCGAUGCAUCUGUAGCUGCCAUUUCCUCGAGUUAUACAAACCUUGAACUGCUUGAUCUUAGUGGUUCCAGCAUUUCUGAUACUGGCCUCGGGAUGAUCUGCGAUGUCUUGCCUGAUACACUCACAAAAUUACUUGUUGCUCUUUGUCCCAACAUUACAUCAAGUGGCAUUCAAUUUGCUACUGCACAGUUGCCCCUUCUUGAGCUGAUGGAUUGUGGCAUGACUGUGUCUGAUCCCAAUUCAGAUAAUCCGAGCACUAAAACUCCACAGAAAGCAUCAGGCUACAAUCAGAAGAUGUUUAUCAAACAUAAACGUCUGAAGAAACUCAGUUUGUGGGGAUGCUCCAGUUUGGACGCUUUGUUCCUAAACUGUCCAGAGCUCAAGGACUUGAAUUUGAACUCAUGUAGCAAUUUGCAACCAGAGAGUUUGGUGCUCCAGUGUCCAAAGCUGCAAAUUGUGUACGCUUCAGGAUGUCAAGGCCUAUUAACCGGAGCUAUCCGAAAACAGAUUUCCGAGAAUUCAGCUAUUGGUGAAAAUCAUAUGCCACGGAAACGCUUGGCCGAUGCUUCGAAGAGGAUUCAGGCUCCAAAUUUGUUAUACCAAGAGGCAAGAGAGGAUGAUAACUAUCCGAGGAAGAGAAGGAAGUUGGAUCGUGAAGUGUGUACCAUUAUACAUUAA